CGCUCGGGAGGCGGUGGCGGCGGCGACGGCGGCACCUCCCAUCGGCCUCCGUCAGGACUGACGGCGGCGCGACUGCAGACGGGGGGUGAGGCCGAGGCCCAUGCUGUGGCGCAUGUGUGGAGAUCAGGGACCAUUGGUAGGAGUUGAUUUUCUUUCUGAGACUUGAAGUCAGGAUGUCAGGCUUAUCAGCAGCACAGUGCUAGGGAGCCAACUCCAUGCUUCUGAUGUACCACUGAGGACCUUCUUUCUGAGAAGUGCUAGAGAGUGAGAAGGCAAAAAUGAGGGUAGCAGGAGCAGCAAAGCUGGUGGUGGCUGUGGCAGUGUUCUUACUGACCUUCUAUGUUAUUUCUCAAGUGUUUGAAAUUAAAAUGGAUGCAAGUUUAGGAAAUCUAUUUGCUCGAUCUGCGUUGGACUCAGCCAUUCGUGCUACGAAGCCUCCCAGGUACAAGUGUGGGAUCUCGAAGGCGUGCCCGGAGAAGCAUUUUGCUUUUAAAAUGGCUAGUGGAGCAGCCAAUGUCGUGGGACCCAAGAUCUGCCUGGAGGACAGUGUUUUGAUGAGUGGGGUGAAGAAUAACGUUGGGAGAGGAAUAAAUGUUGCCUUGGUAAAUGGGAAGACGGGAGAAGUGAUAGACACCAAAUAUUUUGACAUGUGGGGAGGAGAUGUGGCACCGUUCAUUGAGUUUUUGAAGACCAUCCAGGACGGGACAGUGGUGUUAAUGGCAACGUACGACGAUGGAGCAACCAAACUCACGGAUGAGGCGCGGCGGCUCAUCGCUGAACUGGGAAGUUCGUCCAUCACCAGUCUUGGUUUCCGAGAUAACUGGGUCUUCUGUGGAGGGAAGGGCAUUAAGACAAAGAGCCCCUUCGAGCAGCACAUAAAGAACAAUAAGGACACGAACAAGUAUGAAGGAUGGCCUGAGGUGGUAGAGAUGGAAGGAUGCAUCCCCCAGAAGCAGGACUGACGGGAAGGAACGGGAGGCGAGGAGGAACGCACUUUGACUCUGCAGGAGAGCUGUCAAGCAGCUGCUCUGUGUACAUAUUUCAGUAGCAUGUGGCCGUCCACCGUGUGCAUGAGCAAGACCGUCUCUGUCGAUUCCAGGAUUAUUUAUUGCUAACAGAAAUGGCUACCUUUGUAAAUAGUCCUCUUUGAGCCAGUCACUCAACUCUCUGUAAGCACAUUUCCCCAGAAGUACAAUGUGUAGACAAAAGUGGCAAUAAUGUAUUAAUUCUAAAAACAUAUCCAAUGGGUAACCAGGCAGGUUGUAUAGGACAUAUUUAUCCUGGUUGCUUUGAAACCCCAUCAUGGAAUAAUGUGACUUUUAUUGAGAUGUUGUUUGUAUACGUGUCUCUGUAUAAAUAAAUAUCUGGCAUGUGAUGACAGUACCCUUUACAGAAAAGAGAUUUUCGGCUGAUUGUAUGUGUACUGUCACCUUAUAGUCUGUCUCCUGUUGUAUCUUUUCACAGUCUUUAUUUUUUUUUUCCUUCCAAAGAAAUCCAGAAAUAAAAUGUUUCACAUGAAAAUUUAUGUCAGAUUUGUGAAAAGCACAACAGUUUUUUUCUUCUUGUUGUUGUUUUUGUAAUAUCAGUGAAGAUGAACAUUAAAUCAGGGCUCAUUUUCUCAGUUCUGUGUUAGCAGUGUGACUUCUGUGAUUUUGUAUAAGCUACGUAGAGUGAGCCUAGGGAUGGAAUUCCACAGAACUGCGGGACCGGGCUGAGUCCCCUCCUCAGCCUAAUCAAGUCUUUCGAGACAACUGGGUCAGUACAUUUAAGUAAUAUAGGCAUUCAUCUGCUUUCUUACCUUCAUUGACCACAUGGUUUUAGAAUAGGAAUAUUUUAAUAUCAUAGCUUUGAUUUGUAGUCCAGGAAAUUUUGUUAUUUAUUUCUACCUUUGUGACAGCAACUGUUGCCUAAAUGUGUAGCAAAAUACUUGAAAAGUCCUGAUUAAUAUUUUUUAGGGCACUAGAUACCUAUUGUACGUGACACACAAUCCUCAUGUACAGAAUCACUUUAAGUGCAACAUAAACAAUUGAGACAUCAUGCUGCCCUUCGUGGGAUAAGGCAACACGUAAAAAUUGAACCUAAAAUUUAGGUGGUUUGUAUAAAACAUCUAAAAGCAGUAUUUGCUAUUUUGUUAAAAGCUAAAAGCAAGUCAGAUAUUUCUUGACUAUUACUGACCUUGUGGUACUGUUUCUUUCCACAAAUUGAAUGUAGUUUGUAAGGAGAUACAUCUUUUGUGUUCAGAAAAGUUUUGUAAACUUUUUAGAGUUCUGGUGCUUCUCUACUAACUCACAUCCAGCAUGUAUGUUUUAGCUUUUUUUUUUUUUUUAAACAGUUCUGGGGAUUGGAAAAUAAAUAUUAUAGGGUUGUUUUGUUUUUUAAAUAGUGAAUAUAAGUACUCUUGGUUUGACAUUGUGAAUUUUUUAUUUUUCCUUUUUUGUAUUUGACAAAGCACUACACCUGUAGAACAUCCCAUGAAAUCCUUCCAAUUUUUUUUUUUUUUUUGUACAUCUUAACAUGUAAGAAAUGAGGUUUUUGCCAUUCAACAUAGUAAUGUCCUAUCAUCUGGAUAUAUUUGAACAUGUAUAGAAGUUAAGUUGCUUGAUAACAGGCUAUCCUUCUGAGAGAUGGGUUUUCCAUUUGUAUAAACUGGUGGGAGGGAUAAGACUGGUUCUGUAACUGCUGCGGUACAGUGGGUUUUUUUUGCCUGGAUUCUGUCUUGUAUUGGUUACACCGGCUUAACUCUGGAAGCAAUAAUCGACUGUUUUAAUGUUCACAUCAGCCUUAGAAGUGGAACAAUGCUUAUUAAAUGUUGAGAAUGAGUUUUCUUUAUUAAAAUCAAAACUCUUUAACACUGACGUGUAGUAGCUGCAGUGAUGUGCGAGGUCUACAGAUGCACUUCUGCUUUGUUAAAACAGCAAAAGGAAGGCGACGGAGGUGGAUUUGUGGGAAAUAUGACAAAUAAAGAGAACCUUUCUAGUCUUCAUUUUCA